AUGACCGACACAACCGUAGAAGCCGCCAAACGUGCUGCCGCACAAAAGGCCGUGGAGAACCACUUCAACCCUUCGGCGACGCACGUUGGAAUUGGAUCUGGCACCACUAUUGUCUACGUGGUCGAGGCCAUCAAAGAACGCUCGACCAACCCCAAUAUUCUCUUCGUCCCUACUGGCUUCCAAUCGCGCCAACUUGUCAUCAAUGCCGGCCUGACUGCCAUUUCGUUUGACAGUCUUCCAGAUCAUGUCAUGCUCGAUGUCGCUUUUGACGGAGCUGACGAAGUUGACGCGGACCUGAACUGUAUCAAGGGAGGAGGCGCAUGUCUGUUCCAGGAGAAGCUGGUAGCGGAGCGCGCCAAACAGUUUGUCUGUGUUGCAGACUACAGGAAACGACAAGACCGUCUCUUGACAAACUGGCCCACCAUACCCAUUGAAGUCGCGCCCCUUUCUCAGCUCAAAGUUGCUGCUGCGCUGAGGAUGCUCGGAUCAACAGGCCCUAAGCUCAGGACAACGUUACUGGAGAAGUCAGGCCCCCUGAAGACGGACCAGGAUUUCUACAUUCUAGAUGCACCUUUCCCUCCCCUGCUCACGACGGCCGACAUGAAGGCUGGCAAGGGCAAGGGUGACGGAAGCGACGGUACAUGGGAAGUCAACAACCUCAGCCGCGCCAUCAAGGAAUUGACUGGUGUCCUUGAAGUUGGUAUUUUCUCUGGCCUCAACGGCAUCGAGGCGCAGGCUCUUCGCGAAGUAGACCAAAGCACAAAGGCUGUAAGAGGUGGCCAGAAGCCAGUCGCCGUGUACUUUGGUAUGCAGGAUGGCAGCGUCAUGGUGCGCACGCUCGAAGGCGAGACCUAAACCUGAACUUGACCAAUUGAAUACGUCCAGUCACCGUUGCCGUCCCUAACACGGAACAAUGCAGAAA